AUGGAUUUAUAUAUUUCUAGAGAAUAUGGAUCAAGAUAUCCUGCAGUAAUAGAUCUUGAUAUUGAUGCAAUAAAUGCUGGCAAGAAAGUGAUGAAAAGGGAUAUAGCAAAUUUUGUAGUUGUUGACAAGCCUGAAUAUGAUUUGGUUUUAGAACAUUCAGAUAGAGAAGCUAUAAUAACUAAAUUUUCCAAAUAUAAACGUGACUUCAAUGGUCUAAACAAAUAUUAUGAUUCAGAAUACUCUAAAAUGGAGUCUGAAUCUAGCGAUUCUGAGACUGAAUUUAGCGAUUCCGAAGUGGAU